AUGGGGAGUGAUAUAGACAAGCCGCUGGAUCCAAAAGAUGCAAUUUUUGCCUCCGAUACUGUGGAAUACACACAAUUGCCCGAAUCUUACUACAGCAAUACCAUAGAACAUGCCUUUUCUUUAUUGGACUCUGCUCAAUUGAGCAAACCCCUGGCCGAAGGAUGUACUUCAUGCAUUAAGAUACUAAACAACAUUUUGCUGAACCCUUGGGACCAGACUAAACGCUGGAUCAAUCUCAACAGCAAAACUUAUCAGCUCAAAAUAUCACCGCAUUCCUGUCUAAUCGAAUUGUUCAGUUCGUUAGGUUUUCAGUACACAGAAGAUCACAUAUACCUGAAUUUGGUCUCAACACCUAGACUUAGAUCUGCUUAUGACAAGCUUAUUGUUUUCCUUCAAGACAAAUAUGGCAUUGAAAUCAAAUCAAAUUCAAAUCAUUUUUUCGACCCCUUCAAAGCCUAUAAACACUCAACUACAUCUAACGAUGAAAAUUGUGAUUUUGAACUGAUUGCAAAGGACGAUAUUGCCAGACAGAUUCAUGAAACUUGUAAGAAACUGAACAGUAAUCGAACCGUAACAUGCUUAACUAAACAAGACUUGUGUAUCAAACUGAUAUAUCCUGGUCAAAAUUCGUCUAGAACAUAUGAUGAUGAUGGAGACAGUACGACUGAAGGACAAAAUGAUCAGGAAGUUAAUGAUGCUUUGCUGAUGAUCAAAAAUAUGCAUAAAAACUUCCAAUUUCAAUCUAAGAGCAAAAUGAAGCUCAACAACUUACUGAAAUGCAAAAUUUACGAUAAAAGCCGCAUUCAAUUUGUUAUAUCGCCUGUGGAAAUAUUAGAGUUAACCCUUCCAUCCAGCAUAAAGAUUAGGCAGAUUUACCAGUUACUUGGGAAAUUAGGCUGUAUUUACACUGGUAAACUCUGUAUAAUGCCAUUGAAGACAGAAUUAUCGCAGAAUUCAACAUUGUUAGACCUAGAUUUGGUUCCCAAUUGUCGAAUCCACAUUACUGGGCCUUGCAGUAACAAUCGGAUUGACAAGGACGUUUUGAACAAUUUUACACUAAUUAAUUUUACAGAAUAG